GUACUUCCUCACGCAUGUUCAUUAACAGUGCAUACUGAUAGUGACUUGCAAAGCUGACCUCCAUUCAUACUAGAAAAAAGCUCUCAAUUUGCAACAAUAAAACGCUGACAGUUACUUGGUCAGCAGUCAGCAACACUCAGCAUCAGCAAUGCUCAAGGCCAAACGGAUCUCUCUUUGGAUCAGUGAUGUGCUGUGCUGCAUUCUUGGUAUCCUGGUCAUACUGUGUACUUCAGACGAUGUUUGCUAUACAAAGAAUAAACAUUUAGUAAUAAUGGAUGACACUGAUUCAAAUAACUCUGAAAUAUACUGCACGAAGCCAUGGGUUAAUAUCACUAACGGACAGUGCUGUACAGAUUAUUGCAAAACAGGGGGCAAUACUUUGGAAGAAAACUAUUAUUUUGUGACAAAAGCAAGUGAAGUUUACAUUGAGAGAAAACCAAACCAUAUUAUUGUAUAUUUUAACACCACCUUUAAAACUGUGCAAAUUCUAUCAGAAUGUGCCAAAAUAAUGAAAUGCUGGCAAUCCUUCAAUGUAUCAAGACCUGCAUAUUCAGGAGGUAUUAAUGAAACCAAAUAUUUUCCAGGGAAUUGCUCAGUUAUUUGUGUUGAUCUGGACGAAAUAUGUAAAACUUCUACAGACUGUGAAGAUCCAAUGGGUAAACAGAAUUUCAAUUCAACACACAUUCUCAGUGUGACAUUAACAAAUAAACUACAACAAGAAAACCUCAGUUGCAAAAAAUGCAAAGCUCCAACCACUGAAGAUAAGAUUCAUAAUGACAUGAAAAAUUUGCUAGAACCUUUCAAUGGGACAGAGAAAACAGUUGAAACCAAAGAACUUAAAGCAUUUGUAAAAAAAAUACAGAUAAGCGACAUCAAGGAAACCAGCUUUGUCUUGUCUGCAGAUGGAGUUGAAGAGAAGCAGAAGCAUAACGCCACAGUCCUCCAAAUUUCAAAGGAGGCAUUACAGAUGGCUGUCAAGGGAAAAAAUGAAACCAUCUUCGUUGUUGCUGUUGUUAAAGAUCGCCUUCUGUUUCAGGAUAAACACAACAGUUCGAUUUCAAAUGAAAUUAUUGCAAUUGACAUGGGGGUAUCCAUUUCAAAUCUUAAGGAACCUAUUUCAAUGACAUUUUACCAUUCUGAUUCACAGGACAAAGCUGUUUAUGACUGUGUAUUCUGGGAUUCUAACGACAAUGAAUCCAUCUGGAAUAAUUCUGGGUGUGAAACUCAUACAACACAGUCUGAAACUACAUGCAAAUGUUAUCAUUUGACAUUCUUUGCUGUACUUGCGAGCCCCUACAACACCACCAUCAGUGCAAGUACCUUGAAGUCCCUGACAUACAUCUCCUACAUUGGCUGUGGGAUAUCCUUUUUUUUCUUGGCUGUGGUACUGUUCAUGCACACCAUGUUGAGGCGAGCCAAAUCUGAUACAUCGACCACAAUCCUUAUAAACCUGUGUGCGGCUCUGUCCUUACUAAACCUAACCUUUCUCAUGAACGAGUGGCUGUCUUCCAUGGGAAACCAAGUUAUCUGUAAUAUCAUUGCUGCCACCAUGCACUACUCCCUGCUGUGCACCUUCACCUGGUUUGGAAUUAAAGCUUUCUAUUUCUACUAUCUAAUAAUCAAGCUCUCCACCACUGAGAUAAAGAAAAUAUGGAUGAAGAUGGGUGCUGUUGGCUGGGGAAUGCCGGCUGUGGUUGUCAUUAUACUGGGAGGAUUGAAGAAGUAUGGAGAGUACAAAAUAUAUAAAGAGGAGGGGGGUACUGUGUCCAUGUGCUGGAUUACAGACCCAGUGGUCCAUUAUAUCACCAACAUCGGCUACUACGCAUUAGUGUUUUCCUUUACUGUGGUGAUUUUUAUUGUGGUGUCAGUGAAGAUAUUUCACAUGAGAAAGUCCAAUCCCAGAUCAGCAGAGGGGUCCAAAAAGAAUGCAUUUACCUUGCUGGGCCUGGCCUGUGUACUGGGGAUAACUUGGGGGGUCAUGUUUUUCAAUGUUGGCCCCCUCCAAGUGCCUUCUUUUUAUGUGUUCACUAUCCUGAAUUCCCUUCAAGGUUUCUUUAUAUUUCUGUGGUACUACAAUUCAAGCUCAGCUGCGAAAGCCAUUGAUCAGCCCAGUGAAAAAUCCUCACAUUCGGGUAUUAGUAACACCACCCAUUGCAAUCCUUACGAUUCUACUGCAAGCAAAUCAUGAAUGGCAAGGACCCUGCAAGCAUGACAACUGAACAAUACUGACUCAAC